AUGCAAAGGAGUUCAAAAAAACCAUCAUCGACAAAGUUCAGCGAUGAAAAUGUCGUGAUAAAACCUAGAGAGAAACCAUGGUUUUUUAAAGACGGAAAAGUGGCGGCAGUGCGAGCAAAGUAUUCAAACGAGCUCGGUAGACAUGAUGCAAAGUUAAUGCCGUGGCAAGAUCCAAGUGAUCGCUUUGAAAAUCAGCUGAUGUUCAUUCCGCCAAAUUAUGAUGAGAAAAAGGUGGAGAAAAACAAAACGAUUUUAUUCUAUAAUUUUGAAGAGGAACCAUGGUGGUACAUUCAUGAUAAAUGGUUUACAAAUAAAAGGUGUCCAGUUCAUCGAUGUCAAUUCACAAAGAAUCGCAAGGAAGCAAAUACGGCCGAUUUUAUCAUGUUUACCAGACAACGUGACACACAACAUUUAACUAAACAACCACAUCAAGUUUACGCAUUUUCUAGACUCGAGAGUCCACUUACUUGGCACGAAACAUUUCCAAACUCAAUCAUUUAUAAUUGGACAAUAACAUAUAGGCACGACAGUACGAUUCCAAUUCAUUACUCGAAGUGGGUGUAUUUCGAUCCGCGAAUAAAGCAAAUGAAACAAACUCGAAACUAUGCCCGAAAUAAAACGAAAAAAGUCGCUAUGAUUGUGUCGAACUGUGCAGCAAAUAAUGAUCGACAGAUAUACGCAGAGACACUCCAGAAAUACAUCGAAGUUGACAUAUACGGUAGAUGUGGAACGAAAAAUUGUUCCAAAAAGGGAGAAUGGAACAAAGAGUCAUCAUCGUGUCUAGAUCUCAUAUCAAAAGAAUAUAAAUUCUAU